CGCAUCUUCACACUCGCACCCCCUCCCCCACCCCAUACACACGCACUCGGUCACAUCCCGAACGGCCCUGGGGCCAGGUUGAGCACAUAGGCCGCCAUGAGGCCCACCACAGCCGCCCUGCAGCAGGCAAGGCAGUCGAGCGCACACACACACAGGCACACACAAGAGACUCACCAUGAGUGUGUGAGGGUGAAGACGAACAGGUCUGCACUGCACUUACCCGGCCGACAACCUGAGCCGACUUGUCUCGGCGUCGCACUGCUUCAUGAGGCAAAAUUGCCGGACGGCGGCCAACAGGGCACACCACGCAAACCCCUUGUACUAAAAGACGCACACACACACACAUACACACGCACACAUCAUGAUGCUGUCAAUACGCCAGUGACAACUGUGAGCACACCUGGAAGUAGACCGCUGGGAUGGCACAAAAAAAGGCAAGGAACGCCAUGGCCUCACACUCGGCGUCGCCCUCGGGAGCACGGGGACGGUACUCACGCGCACGGGAGAGAUCUCGCUGAUCUGAUGACAGACAGGAUGAGCAACGACCACCAUGCACAGAGCACAGGAAGUGGCAGCCAUGGCGCCAUUCAGGCGUGUGUGUGUUGGCUGCCAUCUCCCCAGACUCACCGCUGAGCACUGCUGGUCCCUCCUUCUUCCUCAUCUCCCCAGCGGUGACAAACACGAUAUUCUCGGGAUGAAACGCAAUGAAUCGCUGAUUGUGAGGCCUUUACAACACGCCUGCAAGAUUUUGUGAGCGCGGGCGUCUG